AUUCAGGGCUCUACAUAAUUUACAGUGACGGAUGACUCAUAACUACAACCCUUUUUCCAAUUUAUUUUAUUUAUUUCUCCUGGAGUGGAGAUAUUGCGGCGAUAAAAGGGCGUUGGGAUUUUGGUUUAAUCCAAACAGUUGACUUUCAUUGUUGGAGAGAGAGAGACAGAGAGAAAUGAGUUCAUAUUUAGUUGAUGCUAAACCUCAUGCUGUGUGUAUUCCAUAUCCAGCUCAAGGUCAUAUAAAUCCCAUGCUCAAGCUAGCAAAAUUCCUUCACCAUAAAGGGUUUCACAUAACUUUUGUCCACACUGAGUACAAUUACAAACGCCUGCUUAGAUCUAGAGGCCCAAAUUCAGUUGAUGGUUUGCCAGACUUCCGCUUCGAAGCCAUCCCGGACGGUCUUCCACAUACUGACGCUGAUGCUACCCAAGACAUCCCUUCUUUGUGCGACUCCACUUCAAAGAACUGUUUAGCCCCGUUUCGUGAUCUUCUUUACAAACUCAAUGACGUCGCUGCUGCAUCUUCAAGUAUACCUCCCGUGAGCUCUAUUGUGUCGGACGGUGGCAUGUCUUUCACUGUAAAAGCGGCUGAAGAAUUUGGCAUUCCGGAUGUGCUCUUUUGGACUCCCAGCGCUUGUGGAUUCCUGUGCUAUCUCCAGUUGCCAAGUCUAGUUGAAAGAGGUCUAACACCUGUCAAAGAUGCAAACUAUCUAACAAAUGGAUAUUUAGACAAGGUUAUAGAUUGGAUUCCUGGGAUGAAAAAUAUCCGUUUCAGGGAUCUUCCAAGUUUUGUCAGAACUAUGGAUCCGAAUGAUAUGAUGUUCAAUUAUCUUCUCAAGGAAGUUGAAAGAGCCUAUAAAGCUUCAGCUAUGGUUUUGAACACUUUUGAUUCCUUGGAACCAGACGUUCUGGAUGCUCUCUCGGGCAUGCUAUUGCCUCCUGUUUACAGCAUUGGUCCUCUUCACUUACUUGUUGAUUGGAUUAGAGAUGAUGAAUCGGAAGAUAUUAAUUCAAAUUUGUGGAAAGAACAAACUGAAUGCAUCGAAUGGCUGAAUUCAAAGGAACCCAACUCUGUGGUAUAUGUAAAUUACGGUAGCAUCACGGUGAUGACUCCUGAACAACUGAUUGAAUUCGCUUGGGGACUAGCAAAUAGUCAAAGACAGUUUUUGUGGAUAAUAAGGCCUGAUCUCGUUGCUGGUGAGACAGCCAUUCUGCCGCCUGACUUCGUCUCUGAAACUAAAGAUAGAGGAAUGUUAGCAAGUUGGUGCCCACAAGAGCAAGUCCUAAAGCACCCAUCGAUAGGAGGGUUUUUAUCUCACAUGGGAUGGAAUUCAACGCUUGAAAGCCUGUGUUGCGGUGUGCCAAUGGUUUGUUGGCCAUUCUUCGCAGAGCAACAGCUAAACUGCCGUUUCGCUUGCAGGAAUUGGGGGAUUGGCAUGGAGAUUGAUACCAACGUAAAGAGAGAAGAGGUAGAGAAGCUUGUGAGGGAAUUACUGGAAGGGGAAAAAGGUAUGGAAAUGAAAACAAAGGCCAUGGAGUGGAAGAGGGAAGCGGAAGAGGCUAUCAGACCUGGAGGUUCAUCUUUCCAGAACUUGGAGAAGCUGGUAGCUGAAGUUCUUCAAACUGAUAAGCAUGCCAAGUAGUGGAUAAGCACCAGAAAGAAAGCCACGGUCGAGGCGGAAAACGGCUUUCAUCUGUGACACCAUCAUCCUUACUAUACAUGUAACACUCUCAAAAUAAAUUAGUUGAGCAUAUGGAGAUGAUCAUAUCAUAAAUAUUAAAUCAGAAACGGUGAGAAGAAGUCGCUUUGUAUCACUAAUGGAGUAAAUAUUUUCUGCAAUUAUUUUU